AUGCGCGUCCUCGCCACCGCAGGUCAUCUCCGAAAAGUCAUGGACCGCUACGCCGAGUUCUCGCGCGAGCAACUUGUCGCCCGCCUGUACGCUUACGAGAAGGUUGGACCGCCUGCUGCACCUACCAAACCAAAAGAACCAAAAGAACCAAAGGAGGGAAAGAAGAAACGCAAGGACCAGAGCAAGCCUUUUGCGUUUGGACAGCACCCGACCCGCCAUGUCGCCCUCCUCGUCGCGUAUCAUGGUUGGCCUUAUUCAGGUCUCGCAAUUCAGCCGGCUAGCGCUUUCGAUACCGUCGAAGGAGAGCUGCUCAAGGCUCUCGAGAAGUGCCGGCUCAUCGAGGCGGGCAAGGGAUGGGAAGGGUGUGGGUUUAGUCGAUGUGGAAGGACAGACCGGGGCGUGAGUGGUGAAGGGCAGGUAUUGAGUCUCUGGUUACGGAGUAACCGGACUGAAGGGGAUGGAGGACACGAGCUCGGUGACGGGUGGCACGCCGCUACGGAGGAGAAGCCGCCUAAGCCCGCUGUUACCGAGACCGAAGAAGAUGGCGAGGGAGAGAGCGAAAAGUCCAAUAAGAAGAAGAACAAGGAGCCCAAACCCCAGGUCAAGGCUGAGCCUGUCGAGAUCGCCUACCCCCGCCUCCUCAACGGCGUCCUGCCCCCCUCGAUCCGUAUUCUGGCUUGGUCACCCGUCGCUGCCGACUUUGACUCGCGUUUCUCCACCCAGUCCAGGCACUACAAGUACGCGUUCCACCAGCGCGCGAUACACCAGCGUGCACCCCUCGACCUGCAGCGAAUGGAGGAGGGUGCCGCGCUCCUUUUGGGCGAGCACGAUUUCCGCAACUUCUGCAAGAUCGAUGGGAGCAAGCAGAUUGAGAACCACCGUCGGCGUGUCAUCAAGGCCUGGUUCGAGCCUGGGCCAUUGCCUGACCAGGUCGUGUUCAACCUCAUCGGCACUGCCUUCUUGUGGCACCAGGUGCGGCACAUUAUCGCCGUGCUCUUCCUCAUCGGCGCUGGACUCGAGCCUCCUACGCUGGUCUCGGAUCUACUGGACGUACAACGCUUCCCAGGGAAGCCGGGAUACAACAUGGGUCAUCCGCUGCCACUUACCCUGCACCGGUCCGAGUACAAGCCCGGGACGCUCGAUUGGCGUUUCGGACCGUAUGACGGAGCAUGGGGUGACCUCGACGGAGAGACGCGGGACAAGACUCGCCCGCUUGCGGAGCAGGGUCUCGACCAGCUCGAGCGCCAGCUUGAUAGCGCGAGGCAGGAAGCCGAGAUCCGCGCAUGGCAGGUCGGUGGGGCGCUGCGUCGGGUCAAGGAAAUCCUUGGCGAACCCACUAAACUGGAGGAGACGAACCACGUCGUGACGGGCGCCGGCGAGACAUUCCACACCAAGGCGUGGCAGCCGGUCGUCCAGCGCCCCAUGGGCGACACACCAGAGACCGUCAACCGCAAGUGGCGAGAGCAGAAGAUGCGCAUGGGCAAGCUGCCCGCUCAUCUCAAGGGCGACGACGAGUAG